UCUCCGCUCUGCCGGGCUCGCUCUCUGCUCGCGCUGGGUCGGUAUAGGAGAGCGACUUACAGCGUCACUUUAGAAACAACAAGAGAGAAAAGACGCACUCGGCCAAACCCAAACUCAACCGCUGGGAAAACAACAACCACAAUGUCCGAAUCCAAGUACCGGGACUGGAUCCUCGAGACCAUCGACUCUCUACGCUCACGGAAAGCCCGACCGGACCUUGAGAGAAUAUGUCGUAUGGUCCGGAGAAGACACGGCUCGGAUCCAGACAGAACCCGAGAGGAACUGGAGAAGCUGAUCCAGGAGCAAACAGUGCUCAAAGUUAGCUACAAGGGCUCCAUAUCCUACAGGAAUGCGGCGAAGGUGCAGAGAAAGAGUCGAAAGAAGAGUGACUUCACUCCGGGUAGCUGCGGCGGGAGCGAGGUGGAGGGAGAGCAAGCCAAACACUCCAGUUUGAACAACAACGCGGACAGCGCGCACAGCUUUACCGACCUAGAGGAGGUGGAGAGCCGGGACCGAGAGGAGGAUUCUGUCUCCGAGCCGAGUGAGUGCCCUGACCCCCGGCCCGAACCCCGGGUAUCACCAGAGAAAAAACAAAAGCUUUUUCCACUGAAUAGCGGAAACGGCCCUGGCUACUGCCCGGGUUGUGGCGAGACGGGCUGUGCUGCCGGGAGAGGCUGCAGUGGGAAAGCAAGUGCGUCAAAAGACAAGAGAUUAGGAGAAAGAGGAGGAGGUCAGGAGGGGGGUGGCAGCAGCGCUUUGGCCGGUAGCCACGAAACAAAACCGGGCCAAGAUGGGAGCGGCGCUCCGAGCAAAGCAAAGGGGGUCUGGGGUGGAGGAGGGGGGGUGGAGACGACGGGGCAGGAGGGCAGCGGUAGCUGCGUUGGUGUUGCUGCUGAAACGGAAAAUAAAAUGAGCCAGGGAAGCGCCAGUUCAAGUUCCAGCAGCAACAGCCAGCUCCUGCGGCCGAAACAGCUUCAGCCAGAAUCCCCACCUGUCAAACCCAAACUGCGGGCCGGACGAGGUGAGGGGAACCCGGGGGUCCGGGGCAGCGGGCAAACCAGCUCGGAUUUGGGCGAAAGACUGAUCGCCUCCGUCCGCAGACUAGCCGAGCAGAACCGAGCCUCCGCGUUAAGAGGGGAGACCCGCGGGGGCCACAAGCCAUUGGGACUGAAGGAGAUCCUGGGUUACCUGACCAGCCAAGACGGCCUCUCAUCUGAGAGUAAACUGACCCGCAACAGGGUCAAGGUGGUUCUGGAGAGAGAGGUGGCGAGAGGUCGGCUGCGGAGGACCCGGUGUGGGAACAUCACUCUCCCGGUGAGGGGAGUGGAGGCAGCGCCAACCCCAGCGAAGCCACCCGGUCCCGCUAACAGACUGCUGAAGAGCGCACUGCAGGAUAAACACAUCGGGGAAAAGGAGGUGAAAGAGGAGGAGCCAAUGGAGACAGAGAGUGGAGAGGAGGAGGAGGAGGAUGAAGAGGAGAAGGGAACAGGGGAUGCUGAGGAUGGGGGGCAGAGUGACACCCAAACCUCAGGGGGUGAGGAGGGUUCUAAGGGGGGGACUUGCCCUGCCCCGGUUCCCAUGGAAACGGAUCCCAGGAAUGGUGAUGACAUCACUGGAGGUUCUGAUGGACAGGCGGGGGUGAAGCAGGAGGACAAACAACCGGAACACACAACCAAUACGGUCUCUCCAGACCAGAUACACACAGACACACAGGAUCAGAAUGUGGUACAGUCAGAGAGAGAGAGCCACACUUCCUCUGUCCACAACCACAACUGUUCGGCCUGUAAGACAGAGGUGGGUGUGUCCUCCUGUCUCCUCACCCCCACCGCCUCACCUAGAGACUCUGGCCUGGCAGAGGAGAGAGGGAUGAACGGAGGAGUGUUUGUGAAGUCUGAGCUGGGCAGUCUAAACCCAGUCAACUGGACAGUGUCUGAUGUGGUCUGUUAUUUCACAACAGCAGGGUUUGCAGAACAGGCCUUAGCCUUCAGGACUCAGGAGAUAGAUGGGAAGUCCCUCCUCCUGAUGCAGCGUAACGAUGUCCUGACAGGCCUGUCAAUCAGGCUAGGCCCCGCUCUGAAGAUCUAUGAGCGCCAUGUGAAGGUUCUGCAGAGAACACACUUUGAAGAGGACGACUGAUGACUUUACCUGGAGAGAGACACACACACACACACUCCUCCUCCUCUCUCAACUUUAACUACGGAACAUUCCAAUCCCCAAACCCUGACCCCUGAACUCUAAACUGACCAACCCUCUCCAGGCCCCAACUCUCCUCCUUCAUCCAUCUCUCCUCUCACAUCCCCCUCUCCUGGACUCAACUCUCCUCUCCUCCUUCAUCCAUCUCUCCUCUCACAUCCCCCUCUCCUGGACUCAACUCUCCUCUCCUCCUUCAUCCAUCUCUCCUCUCACAUCCUCCUCUCCUGGACUCAACUCUCCUCUCACAUCCCCCUCUCCUGGACUCAACUCUCCUCUCCUCCUUCAUCCAUCUCUCCUCUCACAUCCCCCUCUCCUGGACUCAACUCUCCUCUCACAUCCCCCUCUCCUGGACUCAACUCUCCUCUCCUCCUUCAUCCAUCUCUCCUCUCACAUCCCUCUCUCCUGGACUCAACUCUCCUCUCCUCCUUCAUCCAUCUCUCCUCUCACAUCCCUCUCUCCUGGACUCAACUCUCCUCUCACAUCCCUCUCUCCUGGACUCAACUCUCCUCUCCUCCUUCAUCCAUCUCUCCUCUCACAUCCCCCUCUCCUGGACUCAACUCUCCUCUCACAUCCCCUCUCCUGGACUCAACUCUCCUCUCCUCCUUCAUCCAUCUCUCCUCUCACAUCCUCCUCUCCUGGACUCAACUCUCCUCUCACAUCCCCCUCUCCUGGACUCAACUCUCCUCUCCUCCUUCAUCCAUCUCUCCUCUCACAUCCCCCUCUCCUGGACUCAACUCUCCUCUCACAUCCCCCUCUCCUGGACUCAACUCUCCUCUCCUCCUUCAUCCAUCUCUCCUCUCACAUCCCUCUCUCCUGGACUCAACUCUCCUCUCCUCCUUCAUCCAUCUCUCCUCUCACAUCCCUCUCUCCUGGACUCAACUCUCCUCUCACAUCCCUCUCUCCUGGACUCAACUCUCCUCUCCUCCUUCAUCCAUCUCUCCUCUCACAUCCCCCUCUCCUGGACUCAACUCUCCUCUCACAUCCCCUCUCCUGGACUCAACUCUCCUCUCCUCCUUCAUCCAUCUCUCCUCUCACAUCCCUCUCUCCUGGACUAAACUCUCCUCUCCUCCUUCAUCCAUCUCUCCUCUCACAUCCCUCUCUCCUGGACUCAACUCUCCUCUCACAUCCCCCUCUCCUGGACUCAACUCUCCUCUCCUCCUUCAUCCAUCUCUCCUCUCACAUCCCCCUCUCCUGGACUCAACUCUCCUCUCACAUCCCCCUCUCCUGGACUCAACUCUCCUCUCCUCCUUCAUCCAUCUCUCCUCUCACAUCCCCCUCUCCUGGACUCAACUCUCCUCUCCUCCUUCAUCCAUCUCCUCUCACAUCCCCCUCUCCUGGACUCUACUCUUUGGGAGAGAACACAUAGAGAGAGAGAGAGAGAAGAAAAUGGAAUAGAGAAUCCUUGGAUUUUCCCUGAGGAUGUUUUGAAGGACAGACCACCAAACAGAGACGAAGAAGAAAUAAGGAAAUAGGGAAAGAGAAAGAAGAGAAGAUGUUGCUAUUGAAUGUGUUUAACAGGCUUUGGUCUGGCAUGUGUUUAUUUGAAGUAAAGUUCUGCUUUGACCUUUGAA